AUGCAUCUGGCGCGCGCGUGUGGCCGUCGACCAAAGUGCCACCUUCAACUGGCAUGCGCUGCAUUUAUCUUUCUCUCACUCCUUUUCGCAGCGGCCGGCACGCCAAUCUUGGCGUCUGCUUCUCGCGCUUCGGUGCCAGAAAUUCUCGCAGAUGCCAUCGGUCCAGUUGCCAGUCAGGGUGACACCGACCCUGGGGAGUCAACAUCGGUCUCAGGCAGCGCUGCGCAACCAACCAUGAUAACCGUCGACAAUGUGGGAUCGACAAGCACAGACCCGGAAACGGACCUCGAAGGGAUGGACGUCGGCACACCGCCGUUCUUCCCUUCCCCAAGCCCAAUGCCAAUAGUUGAGACACCCAUACCACCAUCACCGUCAGAAGAGCCUCUACCGGAGUCUUCCGCGGACGCGGACCCAUCUUUUUCUUCGUUGGAGACUGAUGGCGGUGUCACGGAGCGUAUGGGCGGCAUGUCUAUGGCCGGGGUCGCUACGGCUGCUGUCGUUUGUUCAGUGGCGCUUAUUCUGGUGUGCGCGUGCUGCGUACGAACGCGACGGAGACGGCGGCUGGCGAACGCGGCUUUGAAAUCUGUGGACGAUGACGCCCAUAUAUCGACUGAUUUUGUUCACGGGUUUGAACGGCGGGAAAGUAUCCCAUGGGGACAUCCUACUGCCACGCCGAGAUGAUAAGAGGUGUUGGGGGUCGUCAUGCUACCGAUGCGAACUGGGAUGGGCAAGGUUGCGGGAAUGUGACGACCAAGCUGGUGGAGAGCUGGGAACCAUCUUCAGCUACCAGUAGUUUGCUUGAGAGUGUACAGAAAGUGCGAUGCAUGUUUUAUUGACGAAGCAGUCAUACAAAUAAUUUAUUCGAUGCCAAGUUUUUUUAAAGUCAACCCCCAUGUGCUG